AUGACUGCUACAAUGGGGAAGCGGACUAUUUUCACUGGUGGCUCUGAAAGGCAGGACGACUUUGCAUCCCAUAUUUACUGGGCAAGGAUAACAUAUUCUCAAUUUGGACUUGGUGGACUUUCCCGAGAACCGCCUUGGGGAUGGCAAGGAUGUCUUUACACUAAAUGUGACCUGACGGGUGGUGCGCAGACAUUCAACGCCUUGCCAUCGCUCCUCUCUAGGAUGAGUAUGCUCUGCCAAAGCAUCCCGGGCCACCCGAUCCUGUGAUCCAUUUUGCAGAAUAUGCGCGGAACAUGAUUGUUGCCGACAGCGAGACGUUUCAUCGACGCACGCGAUCUGGGACAGAUGUGCGAUUUAUCUGUUGCAAA